AUUUGUAAAGAGAAGAACGCCAAUUACAAUAGCGACUAUAAUUGUAUAAGAAUUUUAUUUAAAAAAGUUAAUUAUUCAGUAUAUCUCAUUACAAACGAUAACAAACGUUUUAUGCAAUGAAUGGUCGCAUUAUAAAGAUAAAUCGUAUUCCCGUAUCCGUCAUUGUUAUAAUUGUGACAUGUAGCUUGAUAUACCUAUAUAGCUCACGAGAGAAAACGCCGGCGUAUAGCAUUUUUACAAAUCAAAACAAUGUUAAUGUGCGCAAGCUACUAAUAGGUGCUAUACAUGCGGCUCAACGUGGCGGCUUGGAAAUUGUUGAAGUUGCUCAAAGUCAGGAUUUAAAAGAACGUAGCAAAGGCAAAACCGAUGAGGGAGCCAAUGAUCCUUACACAAUUGCCGAUAGUCGCUCUCAUUGCGUGAUGAAACAGGGUUUGCUUAGAAUAUUUCCUCGUAUAACUAUAAUUUCAGAGGAGGACAAAGAAACGUGUACUGAAACGAGUACAUUUGAUUUGGAUCCAACAGUUUUGCAUGAAACAGCCGAAGUAACUGACGAAUUGGUUAGUGUACACGAUAUAACGGUAUGGAUUGAUCCACUGGAUGCCACAAAAGAAUUUACAGAAAAAUUAUACCAAUAUGUUACAACAAUGGUUUGUGUGGCAGUGAAGGGCAAUCCAAUUAUAGGUGUUAUUCAUAAUCCAUUUACCGGAAAAACGGCUUGGGCUUGGCUCGAUCAUUCAACGUCAGAAUAUUUAGAAACCAUUCGACUCUCCGGAAGCACAACAAUAGAGCCUACUAUAACUGUAUCCCGCUCUCAUGCUGGAAAUGCGAAGGAUUUAAUUUAUGCAGUAUUCGGUGAAGAAUCGAACAUUUUGGCAGCUGCCGGUGCCGGUUAUAAAGUGUUGCAAGUGGUAGGAAAUAAUGCUACCGCCUAUUUACAUUCUACCAAAAUUAAGAAAUGGGAUAUUUGUGCCGGCGAUGCUAUUUUAAGAACUUUUGGCGGCAAAAUGACCACAUUAGACAAUCAACUCAUUGAUUAUGGGCCCAAUGAAUCACCAGUUAAUGCACACGGCUUGCUCGCCACCAUGGUUAAUCACGAAUUGUCUAUUGAUAAAAUAGUAGCAUAUCGCCAAGGAACAAACGUCAAAUCCAAGCAACGAUAGUAGUUACUACCUAAAAAAGGUGUUAAGUCUGCAAUCUUGAGUUAAUGUCAAUGUUUUAAGUAUAUUAAACUGUGGAAAUUUUAUGUAAAGUAUUGCUAAUAGUGGGUUAUUAGAAACGGAUGAUUAUUAUUAGGCAAUGACCAUUCAAAAUUUAAAGGAAAAAUAAAAAAAAUUCAAUUGAAGGCAAGAAAUUAAUAUAUCUUUCGUUCUUCUCUUUGCUGGCGAUGAACCAAAAGCCGUUAAGUUGUCCUUUUAUCGCAUUCUUUAUUAUAUAUAUAGAUAUUUACUGAAUAUUUCGCGGACACAAUGUAGAGGAUAUAUAUGGGCAUAAAAACAAGAAUAAUUCGAGAGAAUAUAAACGAAAAUGAUCAAAACAAGGGUAAUGAUGAUGAGAAAGACUAUUUAAUUAAAUUUAUUUGUUUAAAACAUAUUUAUAUAAAAAAGAAUCGCGAUCAAUUUGACUUUAGAAACGCUUAUUUACCAUUCAACUACAUACAUAUAUAACAUACAAAAAAAAAAA